AUGUCUACAAGAAUAUGGCAAGAAUUGUUUUUAUGUAAAGAUGAAGAUGAGUUAUUAACAAUCGCCAAAGAAAAUAAUACAUGUAAAAAGCGUACAGAACAACGGGAUUAUGGAUUAUGUUACACAUAUAUUUGUUCAGAAUAUCGGAAGUAUCCAUUAUGUGAAUUUCAAUUAAAAGCAAAACAGUCGUCUGAUGGUACAUAUAAAUUAUAUUCAACAGCAUCUCAUGAUCAUCAACAACGAAACCCAACAACUAGAUUACCAUCACCAAUUCGUGAAAGUAUCAUUAGAAUGUCAGACAACGGCUUGGUAACAUCUCAAAUUAAUAGAGUAAUGAAAGCGUUACAUCCAGGUUUGUCUAUUGAUACUAAAGUUAUGAACGUUUCUCGUGUUCAUCGUCAAAAAGAUCGUUCAAGUAUUAAAUUCAUUCAAGAUUUACAACAAUGGCGUUCGUCACGUCAAAAUGUACCACAACCAAAUAAACAACAGGACAUAUUUAUACCUUAUUAUGUGGCUAAUUAUGUGAAUGAUUUAUUUAUACGUUUAACAACACGUCAGUUAUUAUCCGCAUGUAAAUAUUCAUCCGUAUUAGCUAUUGACUACACUUAUAAAAUAACCACAAAUGAAUUACCAUUAUUAGUAUUUGGGACAUCAGAUUGUAAUCGUAGAUUUUAUCCAAUGGGUAUUUGUUUAAUAUCAACAGACGAAUCAGCUGAUACAUUUCGUACAUUAUUUCGUGGUAUUCAACAAUAG